AUGUCCGUGUUAAUAGAGACGACACUAGGACCGCUCGUGCUGGACUUGUAUGUGGACGACUGUCCAGUGGCCUGUACGAACUUCCUGAAGUUAUGCAAGACGAAAUACUAUCAUGGAUGUUUAUUUUUUAAUGUUCAGGAGAAUUUUAUGGUUCAAACAGGGGAUCCCACGGCUACGGGUACUGGUGGAGACUCGAUCUAUGGCCAAUUGUAUGGAGCCCAAGCUAGAUAUUUCGAGGACGAACUACCCAAAACAAUUGGACGAUCUCAUGAAGAUCGUAGUGGGCUAGUAGGUAUGGCGUCUAGCUCAGCCAAUCAGAAUGGAUCUCAGUUCUAUCUCACCACACGAGCACAAGAUAUGGCAUAUUUGGAUGAGCAGCAUACGAUUUUUGGUGAAGUAGCAGAAGGAAUGGAUGUGUUAAGUCAGAUUAAUGCAUUAUUUGUGGACAAAGACUAUCGACCGUAUCAGGAUGUAAGAAUAAAACAUACGUACGUAUUAGACGACCCUUUUCCAGAUCCAAAAGGUCUAGAAGACCUCGUUCCACCAUCGUCACCGACACGAGAGAGACCAGAGCAGGAACAGGUAGAGGAACGACUUGCAGCUGAUGAGAAAUUGGACGAUAAUGAAGGCAAGACAGAGCAAGAGAUUGAGAAAGCAGUUCGUGUAAAAGAAGCCAAAUCUCGUGCGGUGGUGCUUGAGAUGAUUGGCGACUUACCAGAUGCAGACGUGAAGCCACCGGAAGAAGUAUUGUUUGUGUGCAAAUUGAACCCCGUAACGGAAAGCGCUGAUUUGGACAUGGCAUUUUGUCGAUUUGGGACGUGUAGGUCGGAGGUGAUUCGAGACCAAAAGACGGGAAAUUCCUUGUGUUUUGCAUUUGUAGAAUUUACGGAUCGGCGACAUUGUGAGGAGGCAUAUUUUAAGAUGAAUAAUGUGUUGCUGGAUGACCGUCGCAUCAAAGUGGACUUCAGUCAGUCGGUAUCAAAAUUGUGGAAUAAAGUCAAGAGACGACCGUGGGAGAAAACGAAUAAGCGCGAUGGAGACGCGGUUUCUGGUGAUAGAAAAAGUGGCAGCCGUAGUGGCAAUAAUAGCGGUAGUGGACGUCGUGAACUCGGUGGCAAGUUGAGGUUGAAGUCGCGUGGCGCUGACGUUUUUAAACUUGUAGAGGAAGAAGAAGUCGCAUCGCCAUUGCGUCGAUUGAAACCAGCUUCUAUUCGCCAGCGAAGUCGUAGUGCUGAUAGGCGGCGACAGUCGCGUAACGAAAAGGAGUCGGCUCGACUGCGGCAAAAAAGAAAUCGCAGUCAUGAGCGUCGUAGUGAUCGACGUCGCAGCUCAAGUCGUGAACAUCACGAUCGACGACGUCAAAGCCGUAGCCGAGACCGCAUGCACCAUAAGCGAAGUCGUAGUCCAAAUAGGAGUCACAGGCGUGACCGGAGCAGUGAUCGUGGUCAUCGUUCUCGACGGUAA